UUUCGAAGAAGAUGCGGAACUUUUUGAAUAUCAAACACAGAUGAAGGAAGGAAAAAAAAUUAUUGUCCCUCCUUCCAGGGAAGACCUGGUUUCUGUCCCUCCCCACGUCCCUCCUCGUGACCGCAUCCCUUUACCGAAAUUAACUGAGAGAGAAGUAACUCGGCGAGUGAAUGCGUUCCAAGAAUCCAGCGUCAAAGUUAACUUGAGUUCUUCCUCGCUGCCUUCUAUUUGCAUGUAUACUUUUUUCAACACCAACGGAGGAAUGAAUUGUAUGGAUAUUUCGGAGGACAGUAGCUUGAUGGCUGCCGGUUUUUCUGAUUCGCAAAUUCGCGUGUGGAGUUUGACAGGGACUUUUUUAUACGAGCUCAAGUCUAAUGAAGAACUCGAUGAUUUGGAAGAUUCUGAAUUUGAUUAUAAUUCAUUGUUUGAUAAAAGUACAGGCUCCCUUUGCAAAACUUUGAUUGGUCACAGUGGACCUGUUUUUGCUGUAAAGUUUAGUCCAGACAAUCGUUUCUUGAUAUCUUGUAGUGAAGAUACUACUGCACGUUUAUGGAGUUUGGAACUGUAUAGCAAUCUUGUAUGUUUUAAAGGCCACAACUAUGCUGUUUGGGACGUUGAUUUUAGUCCAAUGGGAACGUACUUUGCUACUGCCUCGUCCGACCGAACGGCUCGACUUUGGAACACACAAUAUAUAUAUCCACUUCGAAUAUUCGCUGGUCAUUUGGGCGACGUUGAUUGCGUUAAGUUUCACCCAAACUGCAACUAUUUGGCGACUGGCUCAAGCGAUAAGACUUGCAGAUUGUGGGACGUCCAGACUGGCACGUGCGUUCGUUUAUUUACUGGCCACACGGGCACCAUCUAUACGCUUUCUAUUUCUCCUAAUGGAAAAUAUUUAGCUUCUUCUGGAGAAGAUAAAGUUAUUAACGUUUUUGAUUUGUCUACUGGAAAGCAAUUUGGCUCUUUUAUCGGCCACUCUUCCUCUGUUUAUAGUCUUCAGUUUAGUUCUGAUGGAAACAUGCUUGCAUCAGCUUCUCAAGAUAAUACUGUUCGCUUAUGGGACUUUGCUGGUCUUGAUUCUACGCCACGACCUUCAAAUCUUCAGUUAGCAGCGUUUCCUACAAAAUGCACGCCAGUCGUGUAUACCCGCUUUACCCGCAAAAAUGUUCUUCUUGCCGGUGGUUUUUUUACUUCCUCGGAUUAA